UGCAGGAACUGUUUGGAGUUGUUUAUUAGCUUAAUAAAGGGUGGAUGAGAUCAAGAUUUCAAGGUGUUUUUCAUUAGAAAUCAGUGGUUUAAUGGAACCGGGAGGGCGAGAUAAGGAAAUGGGGAUGCUAAGCUCUUUUAGUUAUAAUAAUAAACUCAACACUGAACCAAGAACCCUAGAUCACCACACUGAACCGAACCCACAACAUCAAAUAGAGAAUCCGGGUCAACACCCAGAACCAGUUUCAGCUCCGGUUCCACUGCCUCCAACAGAAGAUGGUCCUUUGAUCAGAUAUGGAGAAUGUUUGAAGAACCAUGCGGCCAGGAUGGGCGGCUAUGUCGUCGAUGGCUGCGGGGAAUUCAUGCCGAGCGGGGAAGAUGACGCCGGGGAGGCCUUGAAAUGUGCAGCCUGUGAAUGCCAUAGGAAUUUUCAUAGAAAAGAAAUGGACGGCGGAUCGCAGUGUCCCACAACAACGUGCUGUGCUUUUCCCUACUACAAAAACAAUACGAGGAGACCAACACCUCUUCGCCAACAAAGAUGUCCCCCUGGAUUGUCUAACAGUACUACUCAUUGUUUGCCGGUUGCACCGCCUGUAACGAUGAACUUUGGCGGUGGAAAUAGUGGCGGCAGGGCGGAGCCAUCGAGUAAAGAUCUGAAUGUGUUUGCAGGAGGUCGAGAUUCAUGGCAUUUACAGUCAUCAAAGAAGAGGUUUAGAACAAAGUUCAGUGAAGAUCAAAAGGAAAAGAUGAGGGAAUUUGGCAAGAACUUGGGUUGGAGAAUCAAGAAACAGGAUGAAGCACAAGUGCAGCAAUUUUGUGGUGAAGUGGGAGUUAAGAGACAGGUUUUCAAAGUAUGGAUGCAUAACAGUAAACAAGCUAUGAAGAGAAAACAACUGUAAGAAAAGUAGCAAAC